GCGUUAUUAGUUAUUUUUCCACUCUUACAUGAACUUGUAUUUUCUUAAUUACUUCAAAAUUGAUUUUGAUUUCAAUAAUCAAUAUGAAAAGUUACCGUUUUGAGUUCCUGUUUUUCAUUUUUGUGCUCAGGACAGUGAAAGUCUACGAAUGCAUGCAAUUCAGCAAAAUGGUUUAUCAGACUAUUGAACGUGGAUCGUUGUACUCAUCGGAAUACCGAGUGUUUUUGAAAGAUGAAAGGGGUCUCAUAUCUCCACUCCAUGACAUUCCACUAUUCGCCAAUGUCGAAAAGAAAAUAUAUAACAUGGUAGUCGAAAUCCCUCGAUGGACGAAUGCGAAAAUGGAAAUAAAUUUAGCCGAACCUUUGAAUCCGAUCAAGCAAGAUAUCAAAAAAGGAGUCCCUAGAUUCGUACCGAAUUGCUUCCCUCAUCACGGAUAUAUUUGGAAUUACGGUGCUCUUCCUCAAACUUGGGAAGAUCCUAAUGUAAUCGAUGAAAAUACUAAAUGUAAAGGAGAUAACGAUCCAAUUGAUGCCCUUGAAAUCGGUUUCAGGGUUGCUAAACGUGGAGAAGUUUUGCAAGUUAAAGUUUUAGGAGCUGUUGCUCUAAUCGAUGAAGGCGAAACUGAUUGGAAAAUUAUUACUAUAGAUGUGAACGAUCCUGUCGCCGAACAAGUAAACAAUUUGACUGACAUCGAAAAGAACUUCCCCGGUUUAUUAAAAGCUACCGUCGAAUGGUUCAGAAUUUAUAAGAUUCCGGAUGGUAAACCUGAAAAUCAGUUCGCCUUUAAUGGAGAAGCUAAAGGACCCGAAUUCGCUCAAAAGAUCGUCAGCGAAGUACAUACUUACUGGAAGAGAUUAAUUUCGAAGGAAGUCGAAGCCAGUAAUAUUAGCUCGGUCAACACUUCCCUGAACAAUACGAGUACAAUCGGUAUCAGCGAAGCUGAAGCUGUAUCGUUGAAAGCUCCGGAAGCUACGCCGCCUCAAAUAGUAAACCCUACCGUCGAUAAGUGGCAUUUUAUUCAUUUGAAAUAUUGAACCAAAUGGUUGGCAAUUGGCAUGUCGUUUGGGAUGUAAAAAAAAAAAAAAAUACUACAACACCUCGGAUCCUAUUACAUAGCUCUCUGCGGUCACGGAUGGUUUUAAAAGAGUGUUUGCAUUCAAUCAACGUUCUUUUUUUGUUUCUUUUUUAGCAGAAAGAAAGAAAAGUGGUGUGUGAUAUUUUAAAACAAUAUAUAUUAUAAAAUUUUAA